AUGGCUUGGUUAAGAAAUCUCUCAAAAUUUUCCAACAUUAAAUCAUCUCAAAGACCCAAUAAAACUGACCCAUUUCUCCUUUUACCAUCCUUCACAUUUUUCUCCCAUUUCAGUUCCCAACCCAUUGAAGAAAAGCCUUAUGUUAAGCCUGUUGAGCAUUUUUCAGGUUUGGAACCAACAAAGCCUCAUGAGAAACCAAGGGUGGUUGUGUUGGGUUCAGGCUGGGCUGGAUGCAGACUCAUGAAAGGGUUGGACCCUCAUAUUUAUGACAUUGUUUGUGUCUCACCUAGGAACCACAUGGUGUUUACCCCUCUACUGGCUUCCACUUGUGUUGGAACUCUUGAGUUUAGAUCAGUUGCUGAACCCAUUGGAAGGAUCCAACCAGCUAUUUCUAGGGAGCCUGGUUCUUAUUUCUUCCUUGCCAAUUGUACUGCCAUUGAUGCACAUAAUCAUAUGGUGCAAUGUGAGACUGUAACUGAUGGAGAGCAGACAAUAGAUCCUUGGAAAUUUACUGUCUCUUAUGAUAAGUUAGUAAUUGCAUUAGGAUCGCAUCCUGCUACUUUUGGAAUUCAAGGAGUCAAUGAACAUGCCAUUUUUCUUCGUGAAGUUCGCCAUGCACAGGAAAUUCGUAGGAAGUUGCUCCUAAACUUGAUGCUAUCUGAUGUUCCAGGAAUUCCAGAAGAGGAAAAGCAAAGGCUUUUGCACUGUGUUGUUGUUGGGGGUGGUCCUACUGGAGUUGAAUUCAGUGGUGAACUUAGUGAUUUCAUAAUGAAGGAUGUACGCCAAAGAUAUACACAUGUGAAAGAUUACAUCCGUGUUACUUUAAUUGAGGCAAAUGAAAUAUUAUCUUCUUUUGAUGACCGACUCAGGCUCUAUGCUACCAAGCAGUUGACAAAGUCAGGAGUUCGUCUUGUUCGUGGCAUUGUGAAAGAUGUUAAAGCUCAGAAGAUUAUCCUAAAUGAUGGUACUGAGGUUCCAUAUGGUUUGUUGGUAUGGUCUACUGGUGUUGGUCCAUCACCUAUUAUUCAAUCUUUAGAUCUCCCAAAAGCUCCUGGUGGAAGGGUUGGUGUUGAUGAGUGGCUUCGUGUUCCUUCAGUAAAAGAUGUGUUCUCAAUAGGUGACUGCAGUGGAUUUGUUGAAAGUACUGGAAGACCAACACUUCCAGCAUUGGCUCAAGUGGCAGAGAGACAAGGUAAAUAUUUAGCAAAUAUGUUGAACAAAAUUGGUAAAGCAGGUGCAGGACAUGCAAACAGUGGAAAAGAACUAGAACUUGGGGAUCCAUUUGUGUACAAGCAUCUUGGAAGUAUGGCAACUAUUGGCAGAUACAAAGCUCUUGUUGACCUUAGACAAAGCAAGGAGGGAAAAGGGAUAGCACUGGCAGGAGUUCUAAGCUUUUUUAUUUGGCGCUCGGCAUAUAUUACACGUGUCGUCAGCUGGAGGAACAGGUUCUAUGUAUUUAUCAACUGGAUUACAACUCUUGUGUUCGGCCGUGAUAUAAGCAGACUAUGA